GUCGUAAAAUUUGUUUUGGUUUUUGGAGACUUGUGUGAAAAAUCGACCUCUUUUCUUACGCUAUUUUCCCAGUGAAAUUCCAUCAAUUUUCAUGGUGUGAGGCAUCAGAUCGGUCCAGGGUGCGAUGAAGAUCAAUAGCUACUUGAGAGCAAUCACCAGCCCCAAGGAUAGAACCCUUUUUAGGUACUUUCUCCUGGCCGUUCUUCGAGUGGCUUUGGUGUUUGUGCCGCAAACUGGCUACAUCCAUCCGGAUGAGUUUUUCCAGACCCUAGAGCCUAUGGCAGGAGAUGAAUUCCAUCUGGAAGUGGUCCGGCCAUGGGAAUACAAUGCUACAUUCCCAAUACGGAGUGUUGUAGCUCCGAUUUGUGUGGUAAAAGUUCCCUUGAACAUCCUGAAAUUCAUCAAUGUUUACUUUGUGCAUUUCCUGGGCAUCAAUCUCAUCUCCAGUUACACAAUUCUCAUCUUUCCGCGCCUCUGCAUGUGCCUGCUGUCUUUUGUGUGUGAUUACAGCAUCUUCCGGAUGUGCAGGGUCUACGGGCUGAGGCAUGAGAUCAGACUUCUUGUCCUUGGAAGCUCGUAUGUGAUGUUGGUGUUUGGAACACGGACUUUUAGCAAUAGUCUGGAGAUGAUACUGACUUCAUUCCUUCUCUGUCUUGUGGCGGAAUGUAUGCUGCUGUCCAAUACUGUCAUCAAACAGAGUGAACUACUCCAGGAUAAAUACAAGGAGGCCACGAAGGUUGUCGAACGUGUGAAAAUCUUCAAACUGAGGAGCGCCUUGCCACCUCAUUCCUUCAAUCGCUGCUUCCUGAUUGCCUCUCUGUGCGUGGUUGGAAUCUUCAAUAGGCCAACUUUUCUGUUCUUUGGCAUGCCCAUUGUCUUUUUCUGGCUCCUCCGGGGUCUUGGAUCACGGUCUAUUACGUUCCUGGACUUCAAUGUACGCGUCCUGCUCUUCAUAUUGGCAUCCUUGCCAGCUUUGGUGAUCUGUACUCUUGUGGAUUCACUGUAUUUCCGGUAUUUGACGCUGGAGGAGAUUGAGAAGAUGGAGAUCAGUAUUGAUAAUUUUGUCUUCACGCCACUCAAUUUCAUCCGGUACAACAUUAAUCCGGACAAUACGGCUAAACAUGGGAUUCAUGCCUGGUACUUGCACGUUCUAGUCAAUAUUCCCCUGCUGUUCAACAUUCUGGGCAUUGUGGCCAUCGUCUCUGCAUUUCUUUUUCUCUUCCGAUUUUCCCGUGGGGAAUAUUCCUCCCUGCCACGAGCUCAGUCCAUUCUGGGCUUGAUGACAGUGGCCACAGUGACUCCCACUGUCUUCCUGUCGUUGAUCAAUCAUCAGGAACCACGAUUCCUCAUCCCAGUGCUUCUGCCCAUUGUGAUGCUUCAUGCUCCAAAGCUCCAGAGUGGCUUCUUCAGGGUCAAUCCUUUCCGGGAGCGUCAUAUCCUGAUGGACUUUUUCUACGAGAGAUUUCUCAGUGCUGAAGCUUCAAGGAAUUUCUUGAAAGUCUGGUAUUUAGUAAAUAUUAUUUGUACUCUGUUCUUCGGAUUCCUGCACCAGGGAGGCGUUUUGCAGCUGACAAAUCACUUCUCGAAGGAAAUCGAGGCAAGAGGGAAUGACGUGAAUAUUCAUCUGGUCACGAGCCAUAUUUACAGUGUUCCCAUGAGCGUAAUGAAGAUUCCCAGUAGCAAUCUUCUGUACACAAAUCCCGUGACGGGACAGAAGUUCCGGCGAGCAAAGAGAUUCUUCAGCUACGAGUACGGAAGUAUGAGCAUGAAAUUGCUGUACAGUAGGCUAAAGAUCAUCCUGGACAGAAGUGAACUGAAGAGGCUGGAGAAGAAACAAAAAUACGCCCUAUUUCUGGCCAUUCCUUCAAGUUUAACGGAUCACCUAAAUAUGGCUUUCUAUGCCAGCAACAGCACAAAAAUGAGGCACAAACAGGUAAAGGUCUUCUAUCCUCAUCUGUCCACUGAAGCCAUGCCCAGUGCCUUCGUACGGCAUCCCUGUGAGGUCAAUACGGACUUCUUCGAGAUCGAUGACACGUGUAGUGCCUACGAUGAAGAUCAGGAUCCCUAUUCCCUGGACACUCUGCUCAGGAAAUUCUCUUCAGUCAUUCAUCAAUUCGGUCUCGUUCUCUAUCGCAUCGAAAUGGGCAAGAAGACAUCGUGAGGGUAAGCUUUCUCCAUUUUCAUCAUCAUUUUCCCCGACAGAGUUGGAAAUUUUUGUAGAUAGAAGAUAAAGAUUGUUGGCUCUAGUCUCUGAGAAAUAUUUUGGAAAGCAUUGCGUGAUAUAUUUUUUAAAAGAUUGAUAUCAGGUUGUUCUGUAAUGAGUUGCCGGUUUUUACAAUGCAUUUUAAACGCAAGAAAAUUCUUGACAUUUGGUUUAGAAAAGGCGAACUGGGAACGAAACCACGCCUUCUGCUGCUUUUUUCAAUUUAUCUGAAGCGCAGAGAAUCAAAUAAUUAAACUAGUCUAGCCUACUUUGUGUUAAAAUUCUUCAAAAGUUCAGACAUUCAAGGAGGUCUCUUAACCCUUUAACGACGAGACAGUUUUCGCGGACCGAAAAUCAGCAAUAAAAAUGAAACUAAUAUACAAAA